AUGUCGGGCAUGUACAGGUUGGAGUGUGGCGUGAGGCAAGCGGGUUUGACCUCACCGAGCCUCUUCAAACAGUACAUGAACCGUCUAAUUGUCGAACUCAGUAACACUGGAAUCGGAUGCUCAAUUGAGGGUACUAUUGUGAACAACAUCAGUUACACGGAUGACAUGGUGUUGCUGAAUCUGUCAAUAAGUGCACUUCGGAAGCUAGUGAAAAACUGUGAACUUUAUGCGGUGGCCCAAGUCCUUCGAUACAAUGCGACUAGCAAAGCGAGUUGCUCUUAUUUAAAACUGGUAGCAAAUGCUAUAACACCGUUCCAGAAGUUAAAUAAAGUCACCAAAUUGAAGUACCUUGGGCACUGGGUCACCGAGUCCUUUGGAGAUAAUACAAAUAUUGAAAGAGAACAUAGGGCGCUGGCAGUGCGGGGCAACAUGUUGGCUCGUAGGUUUGCUAGGUGUACUAGUAACGUUAAGGUAUCGAUAUUUAAAGCUUACUGCAAGACCUUUUACACCAGUAGCCUAUGGGUUAACUACAACCUGAAAGCUCUCAGCUCCCUACGAGUUGUAUUUAAUAAUAUAUUCAGGAUGCUGUUGCGGCUGCCCCGAUUCCGCAGCGCCUCGGGAAUGUUCGCGUAUGCACAAAUAGAUGGGUUCGCUGCCAUCAUACGAAAAAGAAUCGCCUCCUUGAAGCGCCGAAUCAGUGGUAGUGGCAGCGGCCUCCUGAGUAUCAUUGCUGGAAGGGUCGAAGGUUCAUUCCUUGAGCACUGGAUAAAAAUUCACACGCACCCUAAACAAAGACAAUAUUUGUAA